ACGUUACGUAACCCACUCAACUCUCCCCGCUGCCACCAUGAGCACGAAUGUCCCGUUAUUACAGAAUAUAGAGCCAGAUGAUGAUUCUCCAAGGGAACUUUCUGGAAGUAUUAACGCGUCUUCAAAGCAGCAACCGGAUGUUAUCUUGAAACCAACGAAUCACGCCUCAGAGCAAAUGGCCAUGUCGUCUGGAGAUGCAGAAGCAGGUCUGGCUGGAAUAUUCCGACAAUCUGCGCAUCCUUCAGCUUUAUUCUGCCUAUACCUAUUUCGGAUAUCAGCAAUUACCGUCUAUAUCCUUUGUGGGCUAUUCACCGAUAAUUAUGUCGUUUCGACCGUCGUAGUGGUUGUCUUGCUAGCCGUAGACUUCUGGAAUUGUAGAAAUGUUGCGGGUAGGACGUUGGUGGGCUUGCGGUUUUGGAACCAGGUCGACGAUGAUGGUGAAAGCUACUGGGUUUUCGAAAGUCGCGACCCUUCGCGGCCAGCAAAUCCCAUCGAUUCCAAAAUGUUUUGGAUCGCUUUGUAUGCCUUCCCGUUACUUUGGCUUCUGCUCCUUAUUGUCUCCAUUGUGAGGUUCAACGUGUCUUUCAUCCCUAUCGUAAUUCUUGCCCUGGUAUUCAACGUGACGAAUGCUAUCGGAUUCACUUAUGCUGACCGGGACGCAAAACAGCGGUGGGCGAAUAGCGUCGCAUCGUCAGGGUGGAACAUGGGUAUGGGUGGGUUUGGAGGCCAGAUUCUCACUGGUGUCAUGAAGAAUACCAUGGGCAGGGUGUUCGGCUGAAAUGGUAUCAUGGAUUUCGUUGUAGUGCUCACUUGUACUAGGGUCGUGCUGGUAUGAUGUUCCUUCGAUAUAUUUGACUACGAACUGCCGUCCGAGGACUGUCCCAAGUUCAAGACUCAUACAAAAAAAAGCAAUUGACUGUCAAAUAGGAGCUUCUUAUGGGAGAAUUGAAGUACAUCUU